AUGAGUAGCAUAUACGUUACUGAGCCUGCAACAAAUGGAAAGGUUAUCCUAAAGACUACAGUUGGGGAAAUAGAGAUAGAAUUGUGGUCCAAAGAAGCCCCAAAAGCGUGCAGAAACUUUGUCCAGUUAUGUAUGGAGGGUUACUACAAUGAUACAUCGUUUCAUCGGUUAGUACGUGGUUUCAUUGUUCAGGGUGGAGAUCCAACAGGCACUGGGGAAGGCGGAGAAAGUAUUUAUGGACAGCCUUUCAAAACGGAAAUCCACUCAAGAUUAUCUUUCAACCGUCGUGGUUUAUUGGGAAUGGCAUGCCUUGAAGAAAAUAUGAACGGUAGCCAAUUUUUCUUCACUCUAGGCCCAGCUCCUGAACUUACUGGAAAGCACACACUUUUUGGACGUGUCGCCGGUGAAACACUAUUCAAUAUGUUGCGUCUUGGUGAAGGAGAGAUAGGUCGAAAUGAAAGACCUGUAAGACUUCAUCGCAUUGUUGGUGCUUGUAUUAUUCUCAAUCCAUAUGAUGAUAUUGAACCAAGACAACUUAAAAAACAGUCAGUUAAAUCAAGUUCUGAAGAUGAAGUUAAAGUUACAGCAAAAGCCACAAGUAAGAAUUUUUCCCUUCUCUCUUUUGGAGAGGAAGCAGAAGAAGAGGAGGAAGUUGUAAACACAGUUGUAGAGAAGUUUCGACAAAAAGGUAAAAGUGCUCACGAUCUUCUGUCUGAUCCUCGUCUUAGCUCAAUGCCUGUAACAGUGAGCGAUGAAGAUGCGGAAUCAGUGAGUCGUGCGAAAUUAGAAUUAGAAAAAGAAGUUGAAGAAAGAAAACGAAGGCGUGAAGAAGCUCGUCGUCAGGAAGAUGAAGCUAAAAACAAGCGAAUUGAGAUGUUGCGUCAAGAAGCUGAAGAGUUACGUCGUCAAAUUGCCCUAUCCAAACACGCUGAGAAGAAUAAACAAUCAAAAGAAAAAGAGGAGAUGGAACGUAAAGCUCGUGAGGCAGAAGAACAAAGACAACAAGAAGAAGCUGCCUUAGCUCGUUGGGAAGCUAAACGAAAAGGUGAACUUGAUGGAGAUACAAAAGCUCCUCAACCUUUGGUAGAAGAUUUAGAUACUUUUUCGGCUGAUUUUGCCAGCUACAAAGCAAAGUCGAAAAAGGCUAAAAAGGGUUCUGAACGUGAAGCUGCUACCUUAUCAUUACUAGAAAGAUUUGGUAAUCGUCUUCGUGCUGCUAUAGCUUCCGAAGAAUCAAAUAAUAAUGACGCCUGUAAACUUUCAGAUAUGGAUGAAUGGAUGAAAAAUCGUCUAGUAUCAGAGGUUCCAACACCAGCCAGAAAAGUUCUUGAUCCUACUAUGCCUCAUCCUGAUCGUUAUGAUCUAUACGAUCCUAGAAAUCCACUAAAUGUUCGAAAGAGAGGUGGAGAUGUGGAAGCUGCUACAGAACGAAAAUCCAAACGUGUUUGA